AUGGUGCUGUUGUACGAAGAUGACGAGACAGAGGCGAGGCCUCCCCUCAUGCAGCCCAUAGACUCCUAUUGCCCAGCCCAGCCCAGCCUGCUCUGUGAGAAAGGCGACCUGAGCAAUCAGCCCGGGUAUUUUGCACACCAACAGACUGGCAAGCCGGCUAGGUCGGACGGUGGCGGGUUCGACGACAGCAAGAUCAAGUGGCGCAGGCGUCGGGCUGACCGUUUCGUGGUCUCGGCCCAUCACACAUCAACGCACGUCUGCUGCAAGAGUACCACCACACUUGAUGCACCGUAUCGCAUAGCAUCGCAUCUGGUGUGCUCGAAGACGGAGGGCCCAGCCACGCCCACGGCUGGCUGCCCAACCACCAGAGAGCACUCUGGCCCCACGGUGACGUAG